UUUCAGAUGUGUCGUAGCAACAGCUGCACAAUAGAAGAAAGAGCAUUCUGGAACGAUACGAUAAAUGCACAAGUUAUCCACUGGAACUUGAAUGUGCUCAGAGCAACGGAGUACUUCGAUCUCCAUGGAAUGACUCCGCAAGGGGCUCUGGAUUUUGUGCUCCAAAUUGUGAGCCUGAUGGAGAAGGGUGGUUCCAUCCAGCUAGAAACUGGAAGAGGAAACCACUCGCCAGGUAACAUUCCUGCCAUCAAGCUCCGAUUGCUCCAGGAGUUUGGAAAUUGCUCAUAUAUUUCCAUCUGUGAGCAUCCACAAAAUCCGGGAGUUCUAAUUUUCAGCUUUUAGUGAUUAUUUUUUUCAAAUUUCUGUAUUUUUACUCACUAUAUUAUUCUGAAUUUUUAUUAAUUUUACUCUGUAUUUUUAGAAAAUAUUUUGUCUAACAUUUCUGUAUUUUUUCAAUUUUCUGUACUUAUUUUGUAAUUUAUUUUUGUGUCAUUAGGGCUAUAACGUGUAUUUCUUUUGUGAUUUUAAAUUUCGAUUAAUAUUAAUAA